AUGGAGAGCAUGAGGAGCUUCCUGACGCACCUGACCGAGACGGAGCCUCCCGGCGGUGAGCACGACGAGCAGGUCUGGACGUGGAUGAAGCAGGUCCGGGAGCUUGCGCAGGACUGCAGCAACUGCAUCGACACCUACCGGCAGCACGGUGACCUAGCGGUCCGCCACCCCAGCUGGAGCCGCGGUGCCGGCAUCCUCCAGCGCUACAUCUACUGGGCUCCUUGGAUGGUCGAGAAGUUGCUCGCCCAGCACUACGCGGCCAUCUGGCUGCGCGAGCUCAAGGACCGUGCCCACGACGUCGGCCAGCGUCGCUUGAGGUACGGCGUGGAGGUCCCCGGCAAGCCAUCAUCCAAGGCGGCAGGAGGGGCACCGUCGUCGGUGCGGUCUGAAGAAGCUUCUCCGUCAACCACUAGUGCCACCACAGGAGCACAAGCACCAGACGAGGAAGAUGAAGACGAGGAGGAGGAGGAGCAGCAAGACCAAGAAUACGACUCGGUAAAGUCGGUUGGCAUUACGGGACCAUCGUCAUCUUCAUCGCCAUCAUUACCAUCCAUCGCCAUUGUACCACCACCACCACCCAGAGUAGCUCAAGGUGGUGCAACGGAGGUGGUGGUGGCCGCAGGAGCCAAUGCACGCGAUGCUUUGGCUUCCAUGGAGACCACCCAUUUCGACCGCUCUGUGUGGAUCAACCUCCAGGCUUUGCAUCUCCACCGCUCUUGGCACCAAAUCAGCACCGAGGCCAUCCUCUGCUACAUCCUGCGUGAAUGUGAAUCUCUCAAGAAGCGAGGCAAAGAUCAUGGUCAGGUUAAUCCUAAGAUGGAAGAAAUCGAGGGUAAUAUUACUAAGAACAGUGCUGCAGAAGAAGAACAAGAAGAGAAAAGUAAAGGAGAAGCUGCAUAUGGAAACCAGACUGAAGACGAAAUCCCCUCAACCCCUGAUGGUAGUAUGUCACGCCCCAAACUAGCCCCGAACGGCGGCCAGACCAAAUAUGAAUCCAUCCUGCGCGAGGUGUUCCCCCUUGCAACCAGCAAACCCCACAAGGUCCAGGAAGGUACUACUGCUGUCAGUAGUGAUAGUAGUAGCCAUGUUGUUGCUGCUGCUGCCGCUGCAGCCGCCGCCACCGCCGCUGCAGCGACUACUGCUGCUACAUUGGAGAAAGUUCAGAUAGAACAAAUCAUUGACAAGGCUAAACAAGACAUCCUGCAAUGCAUCCUGCAGGAGCUACAGCAGCAGUUACCAGAAGCUGACAAAUCUCUUGAGGAGAACGGAUGGAGGGAGAUCAGAAAUGCUUUGCAUCAGCUGUCAAGCUCCGGCAGUGCAAUGGUUGUGACCACCCCGAACAUUCAGAAGGCCAAAGAAAUUUGCUGUCCACAGCAGGAGCCUAUAACCAAUUCUAUUGCUGGCUUGUACUAUGAUACUUUGCUCAAGCUUACAAGGAAGAGGGUGAAUAAAGAUGUAAACCAGAUUUUCCGCGACAUCUUGGACAAGUGUUAUCCAAGCGAAUUCUGCAUGAAGAUCUUCGCUCAUGCCCUCUACGCCAAUCCCAACAGGAGCAAAGAAGAUCUACGCAAGUUGCUUGAUUCCCUGGAUUCAAAUAAAUCACUGGGCAUCUGUUAG